GUGGGAGAAAUAGGGAGAACUUGCCAAACAGACAUGGAUGGAGAAAAAAAACCCCUGAAAGACACAAACAGAGGUGGAGGGGGCUGUGCUUGUUCUCUUCUCCUCUCCCUCCCUUUGGGUUUAAAAAAAUGACACAGCCCCUGGAGGAGAGGAGGGUCAGUCCUGUUUUUGUAGGCGCUGUGGACUGUACGGAUCAUUUCAGUCAGGACCCGACAGAACGUCGUCAUGAACGACAUCAAACUGGCUCUGCUGGGAAGCCAAGGGGCCGGGAAGUCAGCUGUCCUUGUCCGGUUCCUGACCAGGCGCUUCAUUGGUGAAUAUGCCUCAAAUACCAACUCGCUGUACCAUAAAAGGUUAUCAAUUGAUGGCAGACAACUGAACCUGGAGGUUUUUGACCCCUGCUCUCAGAGCUCGGAGACCCAGUCUAUACUCAAAGAGCCUGUGCAAUGGGCAGAUGGUUUUGUGGUGGUCUACAACAUUAGCGACUGUACCUCCUUCAUGAACGCCAAGAACAUCCUGGGGCAGAUACGGGAGGCACGCAUGGACAACUGCAAAGGGGAGUCAGAGGUGCCCAUCUGCCUAGUGGGUAACAAACAGGACCUGUGCCACGCCCGGCAGGUACGUGAAGACGAGGGCCGUUGCCUGGCACAGGAGAACCACUGUCACUUCCAGGAAGUCUCAGCAGCAGAGAGCUACCAGGACAUCGCCAAUCUCUUCACACAACUCAUCCGACAGGUGAUGGAGCACCUGAAGUAUCGUGCUGACAGACGUCGCUACAGCGGCUCCAAGUCUAUGGCUAAACUCAUCAACAAUGUUUUUGGCAAGAGGAGGAAGUCAGUGUGAGAGAUCUGUAAAAGCUCACUGCUAAACAGCUGGUCAUGUUCAUGGACCCAUAUGAAAGGGAACCAGUCAAGAGCUUAUAUGUUGGAACUGAAAACAAUUGAGUGUGUACACCCUCGUUACUGCUGCAGUCAUACUGUUAGCAAUAUGGAUGACUGUUAUAAGAGUUUGACCAAUGUUCAUGACAACUGUAUGCAAAAAUGACAAAGCAUGUAGGUUUUGUUGGCAUGUUGCCAAGUUAAUGGUGUGAUAUAAUACACAUUAGGCCACCUGAUUUAACACAAAAAACCCUUUGUAUCAAAACACAACUAAGGUCGGUCUCUUAUUGCCCAUUUUGGCCCCAGUUUCCAUCCUAAUUACAAAAUUGUAGCAAUCAGGCCUGAUUAUUAGUUUUUUAAUCGAAGGCAGAUUAUUGCUGAAUACAUGAUUCCCAUUUCCUCACACUUUUCCUAAAAAGGUAAAAUGUCUCUUAGCAUCUCCGUGAUAUGUUUUCAUGAAUUUCAUAUUGUGAAGGAAGAU